GCUGAUGUAAAAGUACCCAGUACUCCGCAGGGCGUGACAACAUGCAGAACGCAAACUGGUAAUGGAAUAAUGUAGCCUAACUGAACCUUUUCCUCGGAAUGAGAGUCCUCGGUGUUCUUUGUGUCGUGCUGCGUGCCAUUUGCACGGCAAAUGCGGCCUCUCACUUUUUGAAGUACAUCUACACUGUUGUCAGUGGGGAUACUGACUCCCCAGAGUUCAUUAUCAUGGGUUUGGUGGAUGAUGAGCAGUUUGUGCACUAUGACAGCAACAUCAGGAGGAUGAUCCCCCAGACUGAGUGGAUGGAAAAAUCAGUGGACAAGCUGUACUGGGACAAACAGACUCAGAAAGCGCUCUAUGCACAUCAGAUCUUCAAAGACAAUAUUGGAAUUGCAAUGCAGCAUUUCAGGUCAACUCAGGAUGUGCACAUUCUCGAGUGGAUUGUUGGCUGUCAUUACAAUGAUGAGACCAGGGACACAGGAGGGAUUGAACGUUAUGGAUACGACGGGAAAUACUUCCUCACUGAUGAAAUGAAAACCUGGCAUUUCAUUCCACCUGCACAGCAGCUGUUUAUCAGUGCAGUGAAAUGGAAUCCAGCUGAGCUUGAGAAUGACAAGCAGUACCACACCCAGAUCUGCAUUGAGUUGCUGAACAAGUAUGUGAGCUACAGGAGCACUCUGGAGAGGACAGGUACAACUCUGCUGCUCAGACUGUUCAGGAAAAGCACAUUACGCAUAGAUCAAUUAGCAUCUCUAGCAAUCUCUAUGUAGAAAAAAGGGACGAGUUUGAAUGGGUUUCACAUGCCUCACACUGUCCCUAACCCUCUUACACCCUUGACACUAUCUCUCUCUCUCUUUCUGUUUUGCUGUCCCUGCAUCUCUUUCUCUCUCUCUCUCUCUCACACAUGCACACACACGCACACACACAAUUUUAAAUCAGUUAAAUAUGCUUUAUUGGCAUGAAAUGCCGUUACAGCCCAAGAAUGUCGAGUUACUGUAACCGGCUGUCAGCACAAAAGCCAAACACGUUUAAAACACCGCAACGUAUAUUUAUUAAAUGACACAAAAACAAACCCAAUACAAUACAAACCCACAUACAAACAGGUAGACACGGCAGAGCCAGCAGGUCUAGCCUAACGCUCACAGUACAGAACCGGACUGAGCUGUGUGAAUAGAAUAACUUCUGCCCUCACUUGCGUCAAGGAUGGGAUAAGAGAAAGAACAAAUUAAAGGGGAGAAAGGGUAAGUGAGUCUUCUGGUACGCUACCCUGACUAGCUACAACAACAAAAAAGUGCAAAAGAAAAGAAAACACUAACCACACAGUCUACCAGGUAGUCGGACAUAAUAUUUGGAUCGAGGUAGAAAAUGAAGAUCAGUCAUAACUAAGUUAAACAAAAGAACAAAACACAACGGUCGCAGCGUGCUUCCGUGUGGCGUGUCUACAGGAACAAUGAGAGAGAGAGAGAGAGCUCCUGCUGCCCCGAAUGGCCAUCUUUUAUAGGGGAGCUAAUAAUUUUGCACCCGGAAGCGACCAGUGCACAUGCCUGUGCGCGCACCGCGCAUUCUACCGCUGCAGCCUGCAGAGAAAAAGACUCCUACUGGAGAAAAGAAGAUAAAUUACUACAAAAUUCAAGUAAGCAAAAUAUAAUAACUAGGAGCACAUAACAAAUGCAUACAGUAAAUAUUGCUAUUGCAAUAUAUGUGAGUUUAUAUAUACACUCACCGGCCACUUCAUUAGGUGACAGGAGUGGCACCCGAGUUGGUCUUCUGCUGCUGUAGCCCAUCUGCUUCAAGGUUUAACGUGGUGUGCCUUCAGAGAUGCUCUUCUGCAUACCUCAGUUAUAACGAGUG